CCAAUAAAUCCACCCUCCGGGGCGAGCGCUCCUCCCCCACCAUGGACGAAAUCCUCCAGCGGCUCACCGAGGUUAGCAUCCGCCAGCAACAAAUUGUUGAGCACCUCGCCACCCGUCAAGGAGAGACGGAGCAGGGACUCGCGGCACUGCGUGCCGCCGCCGCUCAACGCGUUCCGCUGCCGGACCCCCGAGUGCAAGCCGCGAAGCUGCUACCCAAGCUGACCCCUCAUGAUGACGUAGAAGCCUUCUUACAAAUGUUCGAAGCGACGGCCACCUUGGAAGGGUGGCAUCAGGAUGACUGGGCACGGGUGCUGGCUCCCCUGCUGACAGGUGAAGCGCAGCGUGCAUACUUCACUCUUCCCGCCGCCUCCGCCGAUCAAUAUAAGGAGGUCAAGAAGGAAAUCCUAGCCCGCCUGGGGUUAUCCCCUAUCUGUGCCGCCCAGCACUUCCACGAGUGGGAGUAUAAGCCCCGUCUGCCGGCCCGUGCCCAGGCCGCCGAACUCACACGACUCGCGCAGCACUGGCUGCUGGAGGGGGCUCCAUCGGCUGGACAGGUGGCGGAGCGCGUGGUGAUUGACCGUAUCCUCCGAGCCCUUCCCCGAUCCCACCGACAGGCAGUGGGGAUGAGGAACCCAACCACCACCUCCGAGCUGGUGGAGGCUGUCGAGCUGGCGGAUGCGGCCCAACACUGGGAUGCUGGGGAGCGAGCGCCGCCAUUUCCCCGGAGGGUGGUCCAGGAGCGGCGCGCGUGCCGGAGGGCACCCCGCGACCAGUAG